AUCCCCAAAUGGCCUCUUAGUCUAACCUUAAAUACUUACAUCUCUAUCUUAUUAAAAGUUACUUCUACAGCACUUCUCUUACCUAUAUUAGAAGCUCUUGGCCAGUUAAAAUGGAGUUGGUUUCAAGGUGCCCGAUCAAAGAAGAUAUAG